AUGUUAAUAACAUGGGGGGUAUCAAGUCUGCAGAGUGUGACAGUUUGUCUAGGAAAUUUGGCUGUGGUGUAUAGAAAGAGACAUCUGGAUCAGUGCUUGCCACAUACCCGGCUCUACCAAUGUAGAUGCUGACACUGAAUCUAGGAAAAUUAACAAUUCAACUGAAUGGUCUUUAAACAUGGACGUCUUUUCAGACUUGGAUAAACUGUGGGGCCCUUUUCAAAUCGACCUGUUUGCAUGCAGACUUAAUUUUAAAGUUCCCAGUUAUGUGUCAUGGAAACCUGACCCUGGUGCUCAAUAUGUCAAUGCAUUUUUCAUGAGUUGGAAGGAGUACUAUUUCUAUGCUUUCCCCCCUUUUAGUGUUAUAGCAGCCUGCCUACAGAAAAUAGGGCAAGAUCAAGCAACUGAUGUCCUUCUCGUUCCUGUUUGGCAGACACAACCUUGGUUCACCCCUCUCCUUCACCUAUUAGUAGACAAUCCCCCAGUCGACUCAUCGGUUGACACAACCACACAACCAUGCCUUACAUCCUCUUCGACGACAGUUGAGACUGAUGGCUUGCAUGGUAUCCGGGAAAGUCUCCAGCAGAGAAAUGUUUCAGGCAAGGCUACAGCAAUCAUCCUCAAGUCCUGGUCUGACGGAACACAAAAACAGUACAAACCAUACAUCAAACAGUGGAUGGACUUUUGUAGUGAAUGGAAGACUGAUCCCUAUGAUCCACCUGUAACCGUUGUUUUAGAAUUCCUCGUUAGCCUCCAUGAAAAGGGAUUGACUUACACCACCAUCAAUACUGCCAGGAGUGCCGUAUCAGCAGUUACUAUACCCAAGAGUAACAUGACUGUGGGCAGUCACCCACUUGUUCCCAGGUUUAUGAAUGGUGUUUACAAGGAUUCUCCGCCAACUCCACGCCACCGGUCAACAUGGGAUGUAAAGCCUGUCCUAACUUAUCUUUCCUCCCUUCACCCUCCAGAGAAGCUUGAUUUAAAAUCACUCACUCUAAAGCUGGUUAUGCUGAUAGCCCUGGUCUCUGCACAAAGGGGACAAUGUUUUUAA